AUUUGGAAAAUUCAACUUGGAGAAGAGGAAUCCAGCCAAAACAACACUAAACGAAUCGGCCUGCUAAGACAACAUGCAGGUGCUGUGUGGUCAAUCAAUUGGCAUUGGUGUGGCAAUUAUUUAGCCAGUUGUGGUAUGGAUAAUACAAUACGUCUGUGGAAUGUUGAAUAUGCUACACUGGCGUAUGCAACAAUGAAUAAAGGUUUGAUGAAUUCAUAUUCUUGUGGAUCAUGUUGUACAAUCUUAAGAGGACAUAGUAAAUCUGUGAAUUCAGUACAAUUUGUACCAUAUGGAAAUAUAUUGGUCACAGGUUCAUCUGAUAGAACAGUCUCCUUAUGGGAUGGCCGUACG